AUGGAUUCCAGAACGAAUAAACAAGUCAGCAAGAUCAUGACUGCAGAACGACGUAAAAAAGUCAGCAAAGCUUGUGACUACUGCAAGAAGCGGAAGUAUAAGUGUAGUGGUCGGUCUCCUUGUGAUCUUUGUUCAAAGAAGAAGAUUGAAUGCAUGUUCUCCAUAGUAGAUAGACGUACAACCAAAGGAAUUAAAAAGAAUAUUAAUAGCUCCAUCGAGUAUGAACAACUGUCUUCAUACUCUAAAUCAUCCGAAUCUCUGGUUACUCAUAUGAGUGUCAUUCAAGCACGAGGAUCCAAUCAGCGAAGUACUUCUCGUAUCAAACCUAUAUAUACUCCUAAGAGCUUACAACCAUUGCUACAGUUUCCGUUGGAAGAUGAAGUACAAGAUAUACACCAAGAUGAAAAUGAUAGCAACAAAGAAGAUAUACCAUCACAUCCAGAAAACCCAGCACCUGCUACAGGACUUUCAAAUAACUAUGGAAAGAGCUCUCGUCUUCUCUUUGAUUCUGCUGGAAAUCUCAGAUAUAUUGGAGAGAGUAGUCCUCUUUCACUCCUUUUUGAAUGCAGAAAUAUAUUUCUGAGCAUAGUUGGUGAAUGUGAGUUUACUCAAGAUCCCCAAGGAACUAAUAUUAUUGAUGAACCAGCAAAAAUCCAUAAUCGAAUACCAGUUCAACUUCCCAAGAGAGACCAUUGCAAUGUUUUGGUCAAAUUCUUUGAGAUUAAUGUCAAUUCUACAUGGUACGUUUUUAAUAUGAAAUAUUUUAAAGAAUUCAUAGUCGAUUAUAUUUAUGAUAAUCCAAUACGAGCUCGUGCGCAGAAGUUAGCCUUACUACAUUUAGUCUUGGCAUUGGGACUUCUCUAUGCUGAAACUUCCAAUAGUUUCCUAGUGGAAGAUCUCCAGGCACUGCAGAUAAAUUCCCUUUCAUUCUUUGAAAGUGGGUGCAGUUUAAUGAAAAGUGUUAUAGAUGAUGGGAAACUUUGGCUCUCUGAGGCCUAUAUCUUGGUUUAUUUUUAUUAUCAAUCUACUUCUAAAAGAAGUACUUCAUGGAUCAUGCUUGGUACUGCAAUUAGGAAUGCUCAAGCACUUGGUCUUCACAGGAAAUUUAUUAACGAAUCAUUUCGGGAUCGUCAAUAUAUAAUGCAUCGUCGAAAACUAUGGAGAAGUUUAUACGUAUGUGAUAGGAUUUCUUCCAUCUUACUAGGAAGACCACUUCUAAUUGGAGAUUAUGAUUGGGAUGAUUUUGGUAAUGAUGAUUUAGUAGAAUACGAAGAUAAAAUCAAUCACGAUAAAAAUAUUUAUUGUCUUAUUGAAAUUGCAAAGGUGUGUAAGAUUAAUGGGAAAAUUGUUCAUGACUUUUACUUGGAUGGAAUAAUAGAUCCUGCAAGAGCAGAGAAAUUAGCAAUUGAAUUGAAAAUGUGGUCUAUCAACCUUCCUAAAGAACUUCAGCUUGAUAGAAUUCUCCUUAAUCCCGAGAAUCGAUUUUCCGAUCGUGCCAUCAGCCUGGAUAAUUUUGCUCUUUUAUUGGUUCAUUUACUGCAAUUAUAUGGUAUCAUGUUAUUGGGAAAGCCUUUCUUUAUGUACAUUGCAUUCAAGCGUAAUAGCAGGGAGAAUGGUACUGGUGGGAGUUCACGUCGAAGAAUUAAGCAUGAAACCACAAUGGUCAAUUUUUGUAAAGCAAGUGUGAAAUCGUCAGUCCUUACUAUUCAACUCAUACAUUUAUAUAUAGAAAAACAUCCACAAAGAAUUGAACUGUAUGUGACAGUAAAUUGCUGUUUCAUGGCUGCAUUGAUUCUUGGACUUCUGAUUUUGCAUCGGAAAACUGAUAUCACUUUUAAGGAUGAAUAUAAUAUUGUACUUCUUAUGGAGACAUUGAAUACGGCAAAGACUAUUUUAAUGUUUUAUGGUCCUAUCAAUGCAACACUGAAGAGAUUUCAUCAAAUCGUUAGCAAAAUGCAGAGAUCCUUGGAAGCAGCUUUUGGACGAAUAGAAAACAAUAUUUCAUCGCUGACUGUAUCACCUCCAAUUGAAACUAAUGAUUUCUUUAAUAAUACCAAUAGGGGAAUGUCCCUUCCUCAAACUCCAUUUUCCAAUACAGACUUGAAGUCGUUUAUGAAUUUUCAACAAUUCUUUGUUCCUUCAUUGGUGGGUGUCACAACUAGUUCAAAUGAUGACUUCUCUACUCAGUCUUCAGGUUCACCUACUAGUGAAGCUCUUGAUGUAUUUAUGUAUAACGUAGGUACCAAUGACAUCUUGUUUGAUGGGAAUAUAUAG